UUUUUGGGGCUUCCGCAGCGUCCAUCCCGGUAGAGAGUUUGAGCCGGCAAACAGCAACCAGUUAACCCCCCAUCCACCACCACCUUGUCUAUUCCCAUUAUUGAGUGUCUAGAACCUAGACAAGCUCAAGAGGGAUCAUCUUGACUCGCUGUCACGAUCACCACUUCCCUGCCAUCCUGCUCCCUCUCAAAACGCAUCAAAACCAACAACAAAAACAACACCAACUGACCCCCCCUCUCACACACAAUGGCUGACCUCGGCGCUGAUCCCAACGCCGCGUACGGCGCCGUCUACUCGCCGUCCUUCCUGACCUUGUUCUACGACAAGUACGUCCUGGGCUUCAACAUGAGGUACAUCUGGAAGUGCUCGACAAACGACGUCCUCCUCCCCUUCUUCGCCGAGAACUUCUCGCGCAACCACCUCGACUGCGGCGUCGCCACGGGCUGGUUCCCCGCCGCCGCCCUCGCCCGGCCCUUCCGCGCCGACAGCAAGCAGCGCCUCACCCUCCUCGACCUGACGGCGAACCCGCUCCGGGCCGCCAAGGCGCGCGUCCUGGCCGUCGCGACCAACACCGACGUCCGCUGCGUCGAGGCCGACGUCACGGAGCCGCCGCCCAAGCAGCUCCUCGGCGAGCGCUUCGACUCCAUCUCCAUGUUCAACCUGUUCCACUGCAUGCCCGGCGGCAGGGCCAAGCUGCGCGCCCUCGGCACGUACAAGGAGCUGCUGAGCGACGACGGCGUGCUGUCGGGCUGCACCGUGCUCGGCCCGAACGCGUCCACCGGCUGGCUCACGAGGUUCCAGCUCCGCUGGUACAACAAGUGGUGGGGCAUCUUCCACAACUGGGACGACGAGAAGGAGCACGUCCAGGAGGCGCUGGACCAGGAGUUCGAGGAGGUCGAGACCUGGGUCAUUGGCCAGCUGAUGCUCUUCCGGGCCAAGAAGCCGAGGAAGCCGCUCUUGGAUGUUUGAGUUUGCGAGAGGUUCUGGAUAACGAUUGAUACCCGGUGCGGCAUGAAUAAUAA